UCUGCUGAUUUUUUUUUUUCUUUCCCUUCUUUUGUUUCCUUUGCUAAACUUGGGAGCAAGCCUUACAGCAUCCUCGAAAAACCCAAAUACAACCCACCCCACUCCUCCCUCACGGGUUUAACCAGAGUCUCCGCCACCGCAGCUCGCCUGAUUCCUCUCCGCCGGCCUCCUCUAUUUCUUCAGUGAUCGAAAAUGAAUUUCAAGUAUGGAGAUGAAGCUUCCUUCUACAAGAUAUUAUCCAGCGACUCCGAAGACCACCUUACAUUGCCUCCUGCUUUUGCUGAGAAGUAUCUGGAAAAGGACAACAACAAGAGAGGAACAGUUGUUCUCAAGACCAAAUCUGCUGUUGAAUGGAGUGUCAAAUACUUUAAAAUCAAAGACGAAUACUACUUCAUGGAUGGAUGGGUCAAGUUCAUGAAAGACAAUCGUCUUCAAAUGGGCGAUUUGCUUGUCUUUUCGCUUCUCUCUCCUCCUCCAAAUUCAAUCUUUCAGGUCGUUUUCUAUGCCCCAAAUGGAUGCGUCAAACACCAAAUUUGUUCUUCAGAUUUGCCAUGUAAAGAACAGAGGUCAAGAAACGGAUCUCUUGAAUCAGCUAAAUCUUUCAAAUCAGACAAACCAUUUUACUCUGUUACAAUGAAACUUUCAUACCUUGGAGAAUGGGGAUUGUAUGUACCAAUAAGAUUCUUGAAAAGAUAUUUGUUGAGUAACAAUGAGAUGAGUGUCAAUUGUGUUCUUGAGGUAUCAGAUGGGAGAAAAUGGGGUCCAAUUAAAUGCAGGGAUUACAAGACUUGUGGUAAAUUAUAUGGUCCUAAUUGGAAGAAAUUUCGUGAAGAUAAUCAAUUGGGUGUGGGUGAUGUUUGUGUAUUGGAACUGAUGAAUGAGAUGAAAAAAGUGUUGAAAGUCACCAUAUUUGGGGGUUGCUAAAAAGAUUCUCAAGAACAGUGUGUAGUUGAGGUUAAUUAUGUGUUGAUUUGUUAUAAUACUAUGUAUGAAUGUUUAAGGUAGAAUUGUAGGAUGAUGAUGAUCUUUGAAAGCAUUAUUAUUAGUUUAUGAGUAAUGAUUUGAAUCA